AUGGAGCGCCGGUUUGACUGCGAUUUAUGCGACCGGUCGUUUGCCCGGCAGUAUAAUCUGAAGACGCACCGGCUGACGCACUUCCCCGAUGCCCGCGAGUCCCGGCCCUUCCAGUGCCCGCACUGCACCAAGGCCUUCACGCGCAAACACGACUUGCAGCGCCACGCCGUCCUGCAUGAAAGACGCGACCGUUACCAGUGCGACAAAUGCCAGCUGGGCUUCCCCCGCAAAGAUGCGCUGAAAAAGCACACCGAGGCCGUCGGCCACUAA